CACUCAACCUAAAGUCAGAGUAUCUCGUUCCCCAAAUCCGACGGAUGGGGUGGUGCUCCCCGUCCACUCCCCGGCAGCUCCUCUCCACCGCCUCGCUCUUCGCCCUCGGCGCGGGUCUCCUCGCCGCCGGCAUCCACCUCUCCUACGUCCACAUCGAGCCCCAGCGCGCGCGCACGCUCGCCCGCGACCAGUUUGUACGCGACUACCUCCGCAGGAAGCACGACGAGUAGCCCGCCCCACGAGAUCCCCCUCCCCUAGAUCGGAACUCGGAGGCGAUGGCUCUGGCCCCAGCGAGCUCGGGGAGCGGUUCCUUGAUCGCGGAGGUGGAGAUGAACGCGGGCGCCGACCUGGGCGCCGCCACCGUGCGGGCCACCGUCGUGCAGGCGUCAAGCGUGUUCUACGACACCCCUGCUACCCUCGAUAAAGCGGAGAAAUUGAUAGCGGAGGCAGCUGGAUAUGGUUCACAGUUGGUUCUGUUUCCAGAAGUCUUUGUUGGUGGCUACCCUCAUGGGUCUACCUUUGGACUGAUUGUCGGCAAUCGCUCUGCGAAAGGAAAGGAAGACUUUCGGAAGUAUCAUGCAGCCGCCAUAGAUGUGCCUGGCCCAGAGGUAUCCCGCCUAGCUGCGUUAGCGGGAAGAUACAAGGUUUUUUUGGUGAUUGGGGUGGUUGAAAGGGCAGGCUACACACUUUACAACACAGUGCUUUCCUUUGACCCUCUUGGAAAAUACCUAGGAAAGCAUCGCAAGCUCAUGCCUACUGCUCUGGAACGAGUAUUCUCGGGAUUUGGAGAUGGAUCUACAAUACCUGUAUAUGAUACUCCUCUUGGAAAAAUCGGUUCCCUCAUUUGCUGGGAAAACAGAAUGCCGCUUAUCAGGAUGGCCAUGUAUGCCAAAGGUAUUGAGAUAUAUUGUGCUCCCACUGCUGAUUGCACGCCAAGUUGGCAGGCAUCUAUGACACACAUUGCCCUUGAAGGGGGAUGCUUUGUGCUGUCAGCAUGCCAGUUCUGUCGCAGAAAGGACUAUCCUCCCCCUCCGGAGUAUACAUUUGGUGGUUUAGAGGAAGAGCCAUCCCCAGAAUCAGUUGUUUGUUCUGGAGGAAGUGUCAUCAUUGCACCAUCUGGAGCAGUGUUGGCAGGUCCCAACUACGAAGGCGAGGCCCUCCUCACAGCUGACCUGGACCUUGGAGAGAUUGUUCGAGCCAAGUUUGAUUUCGAUGUAGUGGGCCACUACUCGCGACCUGAGGUGCUGAGCUUGGUCGUGAAGACUGAUCCAAAAUCCGCUGUCUCUUUUGCUUCUGCCGCAGAGAAGACUUCAGCUGGAAAGAGUGACGACGUUUCAAAGACCUUAUAACUGUUGAAGAAUAUAAUGCCAUAUAAUGAGCAUAUAUCUUAUUCCAAAUAUACAAAUAUUUGAGCUAUUUAUACACAUGAAUAAGCAGCUGAGAGAAUUAAAACUAACAGCAGCAAACAUCUCAAACAGGUGUAUCACCAAUAGCUGAAUACCAAAAUAAAACAUAUGAGGAUGAUCUCAGAAUGUAAUGACAGCGUAAAAGUGAAAGAGAUUAUAUUGCUCUCA